AUGGUUUCUACGCCAGAAUUUGUUUCUAACGUCUGGAAGGAUAACCUCUUCGCCAACAAAGUUGUAUUCUGCACCGGGGGGAGUGGCUCCAUCUGCUCGGCCCAGGUCCGCGCCCUUGUGUCUCUAGGUGCCAACGCGUGUAUCGUUGGACGGAACGAUGCCAAGGCACAAAAUGUAGCCAAGGAGAUAAGCAAAGUCAGACUAGGCUGCGUUGUCCUGGGCAUUGGAAAUAUUGAUGUGAGGAGCCUGGAAGACUUGGAACGGUCUGUUCGGGAAUGCAUCGAGAAACUUGGCGGCAUCGAUUAUGUGAUCGUUGGGGCUGCUGGUAACUUUCUUGCACCUAUAGAAAGUCUGUCGAGCAAUGCUUUCAGGACGGUCGUAAAUAUCGAUCUUAUUGGCUCGUUCAAUACCGUCAAAGCCACGAUGCCGCAUCUUCUCGACUCGGUGGCUAGAACCAAGUCCGAAGGAUCGUUGGCAACCAGUGGAAGAAUCAUAUUCAUUUCUGCGACAUUCCAUUACACUGGAAUGCCCUUUCAAACCCAUGCGGCCUGCGCAAAAGCUGGCGUUGACGCUUUGUCAGCUUCUGUCGCGCUUGAGUACGGGCCUCGAGGCAUCCAGUCCAAUGUCAUCAGUCCCGGUGCAAUACAAGGGACAGAGGGUGUUGAUAGGCUCUUUAGUAAAGAUGACCGAGUGGGACGAGGGGUGCCAUUGGGGAGACAUGGACUGCUGAAAGAGAUUUCUGACGCGACUGUUUAUCUUCUGAGUGAAAGUGGUAACUAUGUCAAUGGCCACGUCCUGGUUGUUGAUGGAGGGGCUUGGCGGGUACCGCAAUUCUUAGGGCUCUCAGCAAGUAAGACUUACCCUGACAUAUUGGAAGCAGAUAUCAAGCAGAAGCGGGAUACCAAGAAUGGAACUGUAAAGGCAAGGAUCUAG